AUGUACGGGGACAGCCAACAGUGGGGAGGACAAGGGGUGACUGGCUUUCAGGAUGUGGUGAACAGCCCCAGCCAUAAAUAUAAGCCCCAGGGAUCUGAGCUCCAUGCAAGAGCACCAAAAUGUCCCAGUCCAGACAGCCUGGAGCCACAGACGUUCCCCUCCGAUCUCCCAUUGUGGGUUCUCUGCCCGGGCCCAUGCCCAGAUCUGCCUGAAUCCUUGGAUUUUCCUUCCACAGUGAAGUGCCCGGGGCUGGAAGUGCGUGGGCCGAAGAAUGAGGUGCCCUUUGGUGUCGCCUUGAACCUUUCCUGCUCGGGCUGCAGCCUCAACCGGGAGUUCAGCGAAAUGUACUGGCUGGGAAAUGGCUCGUUCAUCGAAGACUUGCCUGGAGCCGUCAGCGAGGGUGACACCCGCAAGGUGGAAUUGUCGGAGUCACGCGUUUUGCUGCUGGGGGAGCUACGGAUUGAGGCCCUGAGCCCUGCCCUACGCCACACCAACUUCAGCUGUAUCCUGCUGGACCCCGAGGGAGCCGCCCAGAGCCACGUGAUCCUGGACCGCCUGUGGGAUCUGGCCGCCGGGGACACGAAGGGAGGAGGCCUCACAAGAGGCCCAGGGGCCCGCACACUGAAGCUCAUGGAGGCCCUCUAUACUGCCGGGUCAGGAUAUGCUGGCUGAAUCUGAAUUACCCUGAAUAAAAAUGGUGAAGACACUCUA